GGAGUUAUCAACGGUAGUGUGGGGGGAAAGCAGCAACAGCCAAAAAGAAAAAACACACUCUCCGUUCUUCUUAGUUUCUGCCGCGUACACGCACACGCACGCAAUGGCCUCCACCAAAGAAGUGCUAGACACCCUCCCCAGUGAGGAGGAGCUCACGGCGAAGUGUCUCGAGCUCGGCCUUGUGAUGCGUCAGUCUCCCUCCUUCAGCAUUACGCAUCCUGCCGUGGCUCUCCACCCGAUGCCUAUGAGGACGGAGGUGCUCGAGCAGCUCUACGACCGCCAGCUGCUGUGGAACGAGGCGAUCAACCGCACCGCCCGCAACUUUCAGUUUCUGCGUGACUCCAUGCGAUCGACGGCCGACAGCGACCGCGAUUUCACUGGCCGGCUCGUUACCAUGCUGGAGAACGUGUACCUGACCGCGCCGCCGGGGGCCAGUGGACCCGUGUUCCAGCCGCUCAUGCUCGGCAUCUUCCGCACCGACUACAUGCGCUCCGUCGACCCGGAACCGACGGACGCGAAGGCUACUGCCGCCGCUGCUGCUGCUGCUGCUGCUGCCGUCGUCGUGUCCGCGGUGGACUCUGUCGAAAGCGAGACCGCCAGUCAGUGGAAGAACAUCGAGAUCAACACCAUCAGCUGCUCCUUUGCGGGUCUGUCGCCGCUGGUACAACGGUUUCAUCAUUAUUUGGACAAGUACCGUGCAGCGUGCAUGAGCUCCGCGGCGGCGGUCGACCCGGCCACGGCCUCGGCGGUGAUCGCCGCGGCCGCCUCGCGGCACGACGCCGUGCACACGUCGGAUCAUCAGCACAACUCUCUAACGCAGGUGCCGGCGGCGGUGGCGGCCGCCGUACACGCCUGGCAGCACGCCACCCCCCUCCCGAGCUUCUUGCGCCAGUACGAGCAGCGCACCGGUGUGGUGCUCAAGCCGAUCGUUCUCGUCAUUAUUCAAGAGGGCGAGCGCAACACGGCGGAUCAGUAUAAGCUGCUGUUGGAGCUGCUGGAGCGGCACGGUGUGCUGAGCAUCCGCCGCACCCUGACGCAAUUACACGAGUCCCUGCGGCUCGAGCACGCGACCAUCGGCGACCACAGCCGCGACCGCACCACCGCCAGUAAGCGCGCAGCGGAGCAGCCGAAGCCGCCCUUCGCGGUGGUCGAGAACACGUACGUGGUCGCCGUUGCGUACUUCCGUAGCACCUAUGUCCCGCAAGACUUUCCGAGCGAAGGCGCGUGGAAGACGCGGGCGUGGAUUGAGGAGUCGAACGCGGUCAAGUGCCCGAGCAUCCCAUACCACCUCAUGACCUUUAAGAAGAUGCAGCAGCUGAUGUCGAACAUCACGGAGGUGCUGACGCCGAUCUGCUUCGCCGGUGACCCGCACAAGGCCGACGCGUUGGCGCAGCACUUCGUUCCGCAGUACUCGCUGAACAAGGACGAGUACGCCCGCUCGUCGGAGCACAAGCAGAAGAACGACGCCGGCGUCGUGGUGGACGAUCCGGAGUACUGGAUUCAAGAUGCCGCGGCGCACCCGGAGAAGUACGUGCUGAAGCCGCAGCUGGAGGGUGGUGGCAACCUCAUCGCCGGCCCCGACAUGCAACGCAUGCUGCGCGAGACCAAGGCGGAGGACCCGCUCUUCUUGGAGAUUCGCCGGGAGUACAUUCUGAUGCGAAGGAUCCACCACCCGGUCAUCACCGGCAUCCUCUUUCGCCAGAACAAAAUCCACGUCCUGGAGAACAACAUCUGCUCGGAGCUCGGCAUCUACGGCGUUACCCUCUCGGCGGAGGCGGGCAGGUACCUCGUUAAUGAAGCGGCAGGCUGUGUCGUGCGGUCGAAGCCGGCAGACGUGGCGGACGGUGGUGUGAUGGCCGGCGUGGCCGCCCUCGAUAGCGUACUGCUGAUAGGCAGAAGUGGGCGCUGCGGAGGGGGCAGGUGCUGCGGCUACUGCUCGUGGUUGGGCCGCCCUCCCACGUUGGCCGCUGUUGUGGGUAGCAUCGGAGCUGCGGCGAGCGUGGCGGUGGCGGCGGCGGCGUGGGCGGCGCGGCAGCGACGGAGCCCGCAGUGA